AUGCAGGAUACAAAUCAUAUCCCACUCUAUGACAAGCAGGAUACAAAUCAUAUCCCACUCUAUUACAAGCAGGAUACAAAUCAUAUCCCACUCUAUUACAAGCAGGAUACAAAUCAUAUCCCGCUCUAUUACAAGCAGGAUACAAAUCAUAUCCCACUCUAUUACAAGCAGGAUACAAAUCAUAUCCCACUCUAUGGCAAGCAGGAUACAAAUCAUAUCCCACUCUAUUACAAGCAGGAUAAAAAUCAUAUCCCACUCUAUUACAAGCAGGAUACAAAUCAUAUCCCACUCUAUUACAAGCAGGAUACAAAUCAUAUCCCACUCUAUUACAAGCAGGAUACAAAUCAUAUCCCACUCUAUGACAAGCAGGAUACAAAUCAUAUCCCACUCUAUUACAAGCAGGAUACAAAUCAUAUCCCACUCUAUUACAAGCAGGAUACAAAUCAUAUCCCACUCUAUUACAAGCAGGAUACAAAUCAUAUCCCACUCUAUUACAAGCAGGAUACAAAUCAUAUCCCACUCUAUGACAAGCAGGAUACAAAUCAUAUCCCACUCUAUUACAAGCAGGAUACAAAUCAUAUCCCACUCUAUGACAAGCAGGAUACAAAUCAUAUCCCACUCUAUUACAAGCAGGAUACAAAUCAUAUCCCACUCUAUUACAAGCAGGAUACAAAUCAUAUCCCACUCUAUUACAAGCAGGAUACAAAUCAUAUCCCACUCUAUUACAAGCAGGAUACAAAUCAUAUCCCACUCUAUGACAAGCAAGAUACAAAUCAUAUCCCACUCUAUGACAAGCCACACAUGCCGCCCGAUGAAGAUCAUAUCCUUCUGUUGGACAAAACGGGUAAAAAACGUAACCCACUUAAUGACGAAUGA